AAAUAUAGGAUUAACUUGUGUUCUUUCUCCCUUUGGAACCCCCUCUGCCAUCUUCCUCACCCCUUUGGUUUCUCCAAAAAACUGAGGGCGUUUUCGUAAAACUCCAGCCAAACACGCACCACAAAUCUCAGAGCUGGAUUUUUGGUUCUGUUCACUUCCCAUUGGCUGCACCUCCUCACAAACCAACUAAAUCCAUUGCUAUUACUUUUCUAAUCCCUCUCUCUUUCUCUUGAACCUUCUCCCACCCAUCUCCACCACCACUCCACACAACCUUAAACGACCCAGAACAACACACUCACACACCAACACCAGGAACAGAAAAACCGGUUACCGUUAGUUUCUAUGACUUUCGAUGUUAUGUGUGAGUGUGAUAGAUAGAAAGUAGAAAGUAGAAACUACUACAGCUCAUAUUGUUUCCUUUUUAUUUUUCUUAGCUUGUUCCUGAUUUUGAGGCGGCCCAAUUAGAGUUCUGAGUUGAAUUCUCUUUCUAGAUUUGGUUUUAGGAGGUUUGCUUUGUUGGGUAUAGAUCUUUAGAAUUGUUCUGCUAAAAGCUGCGACAAAGAUUGUAUUUUUCUGUGGAAAUAGAGGUUGGUGUGAUCUGAUGAGAGUGGUUAGAACUCAGAAGAUAGUCUAAGAGGAAAAGGAAGGUUUGGUUUGUGAUUGGAGGCACGUGUGGAUUGAGAAGUGAAGAGGGUAAUGGAGUCAGAUCUUCAGCAGCACCCUCCCAUGUUUUUGGAUCACCACCAGCAGCCGACGAAUUCAGGGUUGACACGGUAUCGAUCGGCUCCGAGUUCUUAUUUUUCGAGCAUCAUCGACCGUGAGUUCUACGAGCACGUUUUCAAUCGACCCUCGAGCCCCGAAACCGAACGAAUGUUGACACGCUUUGUGAAUAGUCUUGGUGGGGGCGAUGCUGAUGCUGCUGAUGCUGAUGCAGAGGAUGCACUUCCUACUCAAAAUCCCUCAACCGUUGUUGCUGUUAAAGAAGAGGUUAAUCAACAACCUAAGGAUAUGCCUUUACCACCCAUCAAUAAUGAGUCCCUUGUUCUCCAACAACAUCAACAACAGCAAAGUAAUAUUAAUAAUUAUGGCUCUUCUGCUCCUCAGAAUUUUUACCAGAACACUGGACGACCACCUUUGCCAAACCAGAUGGAGACUGGUCGUAGAACUGCUUCAAAUCUUAUCAGACAUGGUAGCUCACCUGCUGGAUUGUUUUCAAACAUUAACAUUGAAACUGGUUAUGCUGCUGUAAGAGGCAUGGGGGGGACUAUGGGAGCUGCUAAUAACAGCACUGAGGAAGCAAACUUUUCUCCCGUAACAAGGAUGAAGAAUGCCCCAAACUACUCUUCGGGAUUAAUGUCAUCAAGGGCUGAAAUUGGAAACAAAAACACUACACAGAAUAAUCCAGAAAACGAAGGGUUUGCUGAAAGCCAGGGCAAUGAAUUCAUCCCUGGUUUCCCCGUUGGUUCGUGGGAUGAUUCUGCAAUCAUGUCUGAUAAUAUGACAGGUCUGAAGAGAUACAGAGAAGAAGAUGUAAAACCAUUUUCUGGUUUAAACGUACCUGAAACUCAGAACGAAGCAGGAGGCCAACCUUCCACUGGUUUGGCUCAUCAAUUGAGUUUGCCAAAUACUUCUGCAGAAAUGGCAGCCAUUGAGAAGUUUCUACAGCUCUCAGAUUCUGUUCCUUGCAAAAUCCGUGCCAAGCGAGGUUGUGCCACUCACCCAAGAAGCAUUGCAGAAAGGGUUAGAAGAACUAAAAUUAGUGAGAGAAUGAGGAAACUGCAAGAUCUCGUCCCCAACAUGGAUAAGCAAACAAACACAGCAGACAUGUUGGACUUGGCUAUUGAGUACAUUAAAGACCUUCAAAAGCAAGUUGAGACUCUUUCAGAAAAUCGCGAGAAGUGUACGUGUUCAAACAAUCAGCAGCAGCAGCAGCAGCAGCAGCAAUAACGGAAAAAGAAGGAGAUAGCCGCGUCGUUCCGUGUACAUACAGCUUAGUAAUAAUUUGGUCUGGAAACCGGUUCAGCUUUCCGAUAAUCAUGUAGCCACGACAUUUCUUCAGCGGUUGGUUCUUUAGGAGUGGUGGCAAAAUUCCGCUUAUAAAAGUUGACUUUAUGAUCAAAAUUUGGUGCCACAUAUUCAAAGCAUGGUGUACAAUUUUUAUUUUUUUUUCCGAUAUAGUCUAUAUGCCUUUAAUCUUAGGGGGACCCAUUACUCUUAGGGUGGGGGGUGGAAAAUGGAAAUUUGCAUUUUUGCAACUUGGUUCAUCAAUAACGUUAAAAGGGGAUGUUAUGUUAUGUAUGGGAUUGAUUCCACAUUGAAUGACAUGGGAAACAUGGGGGGACCGAAGCCGACAUUGUUUUGUUGGUUAUAUAUAAACCUGUAUGAGUAUGAGUAGUGUGUGUUUUACUUUUUAUUUUCAUAUUUUUUCCAUAAAGUUAAUUCGGUGGUGGUUAUCACA